CGAGUGGAGACAGGCAGUAAUAAACACUUUGGUCUUUUUUUUAUCCACUUAUUAAAGAAAUGGGUAAUGGUAGUCGUGUAUAAAAUUGAGAGAGAGGUGUGUAUAGAAACGAGAGGCGAAGAUUGCAUCGAACGCCGAAAUUGGGCCUACAGUAAUCCCAAAUUCUAAUCCUUAUCCUCUUCUCUCUCGUUUUUAUUCUCCUUCUUCUUCAAUCUCUUGGUCUCCUCGACUCCUCCCAGCGCUUCAAUAUCUCCCAAGACCCAACCAUCGGAGGGAGGGGGCGAGAUGAUGGGAUUGAGUUCCUUGGUCUUUACCGAGUUUCACAGCCUCGGCUUCUCUGACCUUAUAGUUUUUGUUGCGCCACUCUGGAUUGCUGUGGCUGCCGGUGUUUUGGUUGGUUGGGUUUGGAGGCCCAAGUGGGCUUAUCUCGAUUCUAAACUCUUGUCCAAUUCACCUAAAUUCCUCAAUCUUCAGCUUCCCACUUCCAUCCUCAAAACUUCUUCUCACCACGUUAACCCCAGCCUUUCUUCCAAAGAGAAAACUGGGUUUGUAACGGACGAUGAUUUUAGGCAUCUAUGGAAGUUGGUUGAGGUCAAAGAUGGCGGUCCUUGUUGGAUUCAAAUGAUGGACCGAUCAACCCCAACCUUCUCAUAUCAAGCUUGGAGGCGAGAUCCUGAGAAUGGGCCUCCCCAGUACCGUAGCAGAACUGUGUUUGAGGAUGCCACUCCCGAGAUGGUCAGGGACUUCUUUUGGGAUGAUGAGUUCCGUUCCAAGUGGGAUGAUAUGCUUUUGUAUUCUUCUACUCUCGAGCGUUGCAAGGACACGGGCACUAUGGUUGUGCAAUGGGUGCGAAAGUUCCCCUUCUUUUGUAGCGACAGGGAGUAUAUUAUAGGCCGUCGUAUAUGGGAUGCUGGCCGAGUCUUUUACUGCAUUACUAAGGGAGUACAAUACCCGUCUGUACCUAGACAAAACAAGCCAAGGCGAGUCGACUUGUACUAUUCAAGCUGGUGUAUCCGUGCAGUUGAAUCAAAAAGAGGCGAUGGUGAGAUGACAUCAUGUGAGGUACUACUAUUUCACCAUGAAGAUAUGGGAAUACCGUGGGAGAUUGCAAAGCUUGGGGUGAGACAGGGUAUGUGGGGUGCAGUCAAGAAGAUUGAGCCAGGCCUACGUGCAUAUCAGAGGGCUAAAGCAGCGGGAGCAGGUUUAUCCCCGAGUGCCAUAAUGGCUCACAUCAACACCAAAGUGAGUGCAGAGGAGUUCAUGAAUGAGAGGGGUUCGAUAGCAGAGGUUACAGGAGACAAGCCGACGGGGAAAAACAUACCAAAGAUACUAGUGGUAGGAGGGGCGAUUGCACUUGCAUGUACAUUGGACAAAGGGCUGUUGACAAAGGCGGUGAUAUUCGGAGUAGCCAGAAGAUUUGCAAGAAUGGGAAAAAGGAUGUAGGAGAGAGUGUACAUGUAAGUAGACAGAGAACGAAUGAGGGAAUGAGAGAGGUGAAAAGACUAUCUCUUUAGUCAUUGUCUUGCUGGAUGUAUCAAUCAUGUAAUAGCAAAGAGAAAAAGAAGCGAGAGUUAUUCUUUCAGUGUUGAAUUUCUGAGAGCGCGGAAAGAUAGUUCCACCGCGCUGUGCUAAUGAACAUCUCCGUCUUUUCUUGUCUAAGUUUCUGAUGGAGUGAAGGUAAUAGAAAUUAUAAAAACAAACACGAGAGGAAGAUAUUAAACUGAUUUUGCUUCUUCUCAAUCGUUCUAAGUUCCAUAGAGUUCUCACAAUUUUCAGU